AUUAUUAUUAUUAUUGUUGUUGUUGUUGUUAUUAAUGUUGGACAUGAUUUUAUAUUAUUUUACAUUUUUAUUAUAGAAGAAUUGAUUAUAUGGUUUAAAUACAGUGACUCGUGUUUAAAUAGUAAACAGUGCCAUUUUGUGAAAUUGUAAACAGUAAUUUGGGAUCCUACUACGUCACUGUCGUCAUCAAUGAGCGCCCAAAACGAUGACGAUUAAGAAGCGCGACAAACACUUGCCGUAACGAAGCACGCCACGAUGGAGCUGGAUAUUGGUAGUUCAGUUUUGAGAGAGUUCGGCAGCGAACAGAGUUUAUUAUCCAAACCUGACGGUUCAGCCACGUUUAUGCAAGGAGACACCAGUGUGCUGGUAGGAGUGUACGGACCAGCUGAGGUUAAAGUGAACAAGGAGAUCUAUGAUCGAGCAACUUUGGAAGUUCUGAUCCAACCCAAAUCCGGCAUGCCCAGUGUGCGGGAGCGCACGAGAGAGCAGUGUGUGCGGGAGACGUGUGAGGCCGCUCUGCUGUCCACUCUCCAUCCACGCUCAUCCCUCACGCUCGUCAUGCAAGUGGUUCACGAUGACGGAUCGUUGUUAGCGUGCUGUCUGAACGCCGCAUGCACGGCGCUGAUGGAUGCCGGGCUGCCCAUGAGCCGCCUGUUCUGCGGAGUCACGUGUGCCAUCGACGCCGAGAGCCAAAUCAUCACAGACCCCACAGCUCAGCAGGAGAAGGAAAGCCGAGCACUAAUGACCUUCGCAAUCGACAGCAAAGAGCACAAUGUCAUGAUGUCAUCGACAAAAGGUUCUUUCUCUGUGAAAGAGAUGCAGCAGUGUAUCGCGGUCAGUCAGAAGGCAUCUGAGCGGAUCUUCCAGUUUUACAGGGAUUCUGUGAAGCGACGAUACUCCAAAAUAUUAUGAAAUCAUUCUUUCCCUUGUAUUUUUUUGAUUGUUUUUUUUUUUUUUAAAUAUAUAUAUAUUAAAUGUACUUCUUAAAUGUACAGUUCAACAUGUUUGCUGUUUCAUUUUACUUGAAGAAAGUUCCAGAAAGAGGGCUUGAAAGAGUUUAACUUCAGAAAUGUCCGAAAACAAACUCCGCCCUUCCCAUCACCUGCGUCAUUCAUUGUUUUCCUAUAACAGCAUGCCCCAAGCAUUACUCUUUACCCAGCCUACUUAUCCAGCCUCCGUGAGAUGUUUGUGGCUCGUGCUAGCCUUCUUCAUUUCCUUCAUCUUUGUUAAUAUGGAAAUAACUCUUGGUGGUAUGAAACGCACUCUGCAAAUAAUUACAGUCAAAUUCUUCUUGUUUUUUUUAAACGGCCGGCUUUUGCAUAAUAGUCUGUGUUUUCUGAUUAAUAAUUAAAAAAAAGAUAUCGCAUAAUAGACUGUUUCACCUUCAUUCUGUAGCCUAGAGGAGGAAAGAUGAGGUAGUACCACUGUUCACCCCAGAAGACCAGAUUAAUGUUUUAUGCAAAGCAUUCUGGGGGGGUUGAU